CCUUCCUCCAACAAUACAGUGGUCUUAGCAACAAUGCAGCCCUCAGUGUAUGUUAUUACGCACUAUUUCGCAGGCGUUAUCUUUUGAUUUUAGAGCAAUUCAUGUGGAAAUUAUAAAAACUUAAAUAAAAGAUCGUAACUACUGCAGAUUUUGGCUCUCCAAAAUGAAGUACUAGAGUCCGUCCACUCCAGGUGGAACAAGCGUUUGUUUUGGGGUUUUCUUUUUCUUUUUUAAACAACACUGGGCUGGGAACCUUGGUGGUUUGGUGAAGGAAUGCAUCAUCUGCCCAUGUCCUAUGUAACCCCUUAGGGAAGCAAACCCUGGGGGCAGGCGGACUGGACCCUUGAUGGCGAUCUGCAGGGCAGCAACCAGUCUCCGUAUCCAGUGUCCUAAGCGCCAUGGAACCUCCUCCCCUUUUGUUGGUUUUGGACUUCUCACAGCUCUUGGAUAGGCCAAGUGUCCAAAUUUUCAUAAUCAGAGAGAUGUUGGGAUGGACAGUGUGUGCAUCUCAUGCUACCCUUGGAGGCGGAAGAUGAAAUGUCCUCUCAUUUGGUCUCUGAAGCCUACACACAACUAAACGUUGACAUAGGUGUCGGGAGAAACUCCCAGCUUAAACAGAGGUCAGAGCCCUCUGAGGUGAAUGUGCUUUCAGCAUUAUUCAAUGAAAUUUCGUCAUGGGUGCUGAUCCUCCUUGACACCAUCUUAGUUGGAAAACACUGAACAAGGAACGCAUGACUGCAUACAACAUGCUGCGAAACGGUGGGGGGACAGGAAACGGUGGCCAGCCAUGGGUCCUGCGCUGGUCAAACCGCAUUCGCCUGACCUGGCUGAGCUUCACACUCUUCUUUAUCUUGGUAUUCUUCCCACUGAUCGCACACUAUUACCUCACCACUAUUGAUGAGGCCGGGGGCCCCGACAAGCGAAUAUUCGGGCCUCGGCCCGGCAAUGAGCUGUGUGAGGUGAAACAUGUGCAGGAUCUGUGCCGCAUCCGGGAGUCAGUGAGUGAAGAGCUGCUGCAGCUGGAGGCUAAGCGGCAGGAGCUGAAUGGUGAGAUUGCCCGGCUCAACUUGAAGAUUGAAGCCUGCAAAAAAAGCAUUGACAAUGCCAAGCAGGACCUUCUUCAGCUGAAGAAUGUUAUCAGCCAGACAGAACACUCCUACAAGGAGCUGAUGGCCCAGAACCAGCCCAAGCUCUCUCUCCCUGUCAAGCUACUCCCAGACAAAGAUGAUGUAGGACUUCCUCUGCCCAAGUCAGCCCGCUCAUGCCGGCUUCACUCCUGCUUUGACUACUCUCGUUGCCCACUCACUUCUGGGUUCCCUGUCUAUGUGUAUGACACAUCAGCCUACCCCUGGGGUGAGAACAUCGAUCCAUUGGUCAAGCAGGCUUUUGCCUCCACUGUCAAAAGCAGUAUUUAUGUGACCGACAACCCAAGCAUUGCCUGCUUGUACAUAGUGCUCGUUGGGGAGCUGCAAGACAUCACUUCCUCUUCUUCCUUCUCCUCUCAGUCACCCACUAACCUGGAAAAGCAGCUACAUGCUUUGCCUUACUGGAGAACUGAUGGUCACAAUCACCUGCUAGUCCACCUGUCCAAGAAAUCCAUGACACAGAACUUCCUGUACAAUGUGAGUACAGGUCGGGCAGGUGUGGCACAGUCCACCUUCCUGGAGCACCAGUACCGUGAAGGCUUUGACCUGGUGUUAUCACCUCUAGUCCAUGCACUCUCCGAGCCCAACUUCCUGGAGGUGCCGCCACAGGUCCCUGUUAAAAGGAAGUAUCUCUUCAGCUUCCAGGGGGAGAAGGUGGAGUCCUUGAGGAGCAGCCUGCAGGAGGGGCCACCCCAGUCCUUUGAGGAGGAAAUGGAGAGUGACCCUCCAGCCGACUACGACGAUCGCAUCAUUGGUACCCUCAAGGCUGUUCAAGACAGCCGCCUAGACAAAGUUCUUGUAGAAUUCACCUGCAAGAACAGGCCACUGCCCAGCCUACCCACUGAGUGGGCACUGUGUGGUGAGCGUGAGGAGCGGCUGGAGGUGCUGAAGGCCUCCACUUUUGCCCUAGUCAUCUCCCCUGGUAAUGGACAGCUAGUUGCAUCGGCCGGCUGCGGCAUGCGACUCUUCGAGGCCUUGGAGGUAGGGGCCAUCCCUGUGGUGCUGGGUGACCACUCCCGCCUACCCUACCACCAGCUGAUACGCUGGAGUGAGGCAACGCUGAUGGUGCCCAAGCAACGCAUCACUGAGUUGCACUUCCUGCUUCGCAGCAUCUCGGAUAACGACUUGUUGGCCAUGCGGCGGCAGGGGCGCUUCUUAUGGGAGACCUACCUCUCCACAGCUGAAAGUGUCUUCAGCACCAUCCUAGCCAGUGUGCGGACACGCAUCCAGAUCCCUGCUGCACCUAUUCGAGAGGAGACCGCCCAGGAGAUCCCCCACAAGGCAGGCAAGACGGCCGGUACAGACCCAAACAUGGCUGACAAUGGGGAUCUGGAUCUUGGGCCAGUGGAGACGGAGCCACCCUAUGCUUCGCCCCGAUACCUGCGCAAUUUUACCUACACUGCCGCCAACACCUACCGCUCCUGGAACAGACCCCCUGGUCCCUUCCACCUCUUCCCCCACACCCCGCUUGACCCUGUGCUGCCUUCUGAGGCUAAGUUCCUAGGGUCCGGGACAGGCUUCCGCCCCAUUGGUGGGGGCACAGGGGGAUCAGGGAAGGAGUUCCAGGCAGCACUAGGUGGAAACGUGCCCCGGGAGCAGUUUACAGUGGUGAUGUUGACGUAUGAGCGGGAGGAGGUGCUGAUGAACUCCUUGGAAAGGCUGAACGGGCUUCCAUAUCUCAACAAGGUGGUUGUGGUUUGGAACUCGCCCAAACCACCCUCUGAUGACCUUCUCUGGCCUGACAUUGGUCUCCCCAUUGUGGUGGUUCGGACGGAGAAGAACAGUCUCAACAAUCGCUUCCUUCCUUGGGAUGCCGUGGAAACUGAGGCCAUAUUGUCCAUUGAUGAUGAUGCACAUCUUCGACACGAUGAAAUCAUGUUCGGUUUUCGGGUGUGGCGUGAGUCCAGGGAUCGAAUCGUCGGCUUCCCGGGGCGCUACCAUGCUUGGGAUAUGAACCACCAGUCCUGGUUGUACAACUCCAACUACUCCUGUGAGCUGUCAAUGGUUCUUACAGGUGCAGCCUUCUUCCACAAGUACUAUGCCUACUUGUACUCCUACGUGAUGCCCCAGGCAAUCCGUGACAUGGUAGAUGAGUACAUUAACUGUGAGGACAUUGCCAUGAACUUCCUGGUGUCUCACAUCACACGAAAACCUCCCAUCAAGGUGACAUCCCGCUGGACAUUCCGAUGCCCUGGCUGCCCUCAAGCCCUGUCCCAUGAUGACUCACACUUCCACGAGCGCCACAAGUGCAUCAACUUCUUUGUGAAGGUGUACGGCUACAUGCCACUGCUAUAUACACAGUUCCGUGUGGACUCAGUGCUGUUCAAGACACGGCUUCCCCAUGACAAGACCAAGUGUUUCAAGUUCAUAUAACUGAAGAGGCACACUGUGUGGAUGGAUUGUCCCCAUGAGGAGAGGAAGCCGAACUAGGGGCCGAGGGACUGGCAGCCCCUGGAAUAAAAUAAAUAAAUAAAAAGUGCUCCCUUUCCAGCUCACGACUGUAGAGCACAGACUCCUUCAAGUCUUGCGGUAAAACUAACGGGGUUUGUGUGUUUUGUGCAUGCGUCCCACCAGAGAGCACAACAGAUCUCACUGAAACCACUCUUUGAUGGGCCAUGGAAAGCCUUGAACGGUCACCACAGAUGGACAUUACAGCUUUCACAUCAGGGGUGCUGCAUUUGUGUCCACAAACAAAAUGUUUUGUGGCAGAACAGUUCUCAUUGCCUCUUAGCAUUUUGUUAUUUUUGCUGUUGAAUGAAAAUGUGUGUGUAUAUCUGUGUGUAUACAUGUGUGUGUAUGUGUGUGUGUGUGUGUGUGUGUAUAUAUAUAUAUAUAUAUAUAUAUACAUAUACACACACACACACACACCUCCAAAAGUAUUGGAGCAGCAAGGCCAAUUCCUUUGUUUUUGCAAUACACUGAAUGCAUUUGGGGUUUAGAUUAAAAGAUGAACGUGAGACCAAGAGUUCAGAAUUUCAGCUUUUAUUUUCUGGUAUUUAGAUGUAUGUAGAACAUGACACCUUUGGUAUCGGACCGCCCAAUAUUUAGGUGAGCAAACGUAUUGGAACAGAGUAUUUAAGUAAAUAACACUUCAUAUUUGGUAGCAUAUCCCUUGCUUGCAAUAACUAUCAAGCAUGCGAUCCAUUGACAUCACCAAACUUGCAUUCUUUCAGUUGUUUGUUUCCUUUCAGUCUCCUUCAGGAGGUAAAAUGCAUGCUCAAUUGGGUUACGGUCUGGUGAUUUCUCCUUAAAUUGGCAGACAAUGUUUUUGUAGACUUCUGAAUUCAUCCUGCUGCUAUCAUCAUGAAUUACAUCAUCAAUAAAGAUUAGUGAACCCACUCCAGAAGCAGCCGUGCAAGCCCAAGCCAUGACACUUCCUCCACCAUGCUUCCACACUUUGGAAGCACAUAUCUGUUGCUCAGUACCCAAACAGUUUCUUUAUUUUUCAGGACAUUCCAAGCUAUCCCCAAUGCUUGUGCAAUGGCUGUGAUAGAUUUCCCUUCCUUUCAAAAUGCUUUUCUCCCAAAGACAGCUCUCUGGUGUGGUCUUCAAAGGCAAAACCAAAGGCCAAAACCAAGAGAAGAUUCGGAACUAUUUGUCCAAUCUAACAGGACAAAGGGCAAGACUAACAUGUUCCAAUACUUUUGCUCACCAAAACAUUUGGUGGUCUGAUACAAAAGGUGAUAUGUUCCAAGUUGAUGAACAAAUCUAGAUAAAAAUACCAGGAAAUAAAAGCGAAAUUUGUCAUCUCAUGUACAUCUUUUGACCUCAAACUCAAUUGUCUUCAGUGUAUAGCAGCAACAAAGGAAUUGUUGGGGGCCACGGUGACGCAACAGGCUAAGAUGCAGCAGACUUGCGGUUCGCUGCCGUUGCACACUGGGGACCAGGGUUCAAUUCCCAGUCCUGCCAAAAGCCAAGUUUGGCCAGCUCACGUGGAGCAGCAUAAUUGCCUCGCCGCUCCAGAGAGAGGGUCUUGGCAGGGUUAGCCGAUUGCCGCACAAUAAGCGCCUCGGUCGCCUUGGAACCACGGACACGAUUAGAGAGAUGAGAUGUCUUGAAAAGGUGUGUCGCUCUUCCUCAGCUUGCCAGGGGGCGGGGUGUGUACGGUGUAUCUAACACUAACUCGAAUUGAAUAAGAGGGGGGUACAAUUGGCUACUAAAUUUGGAGAAAAGGCAAAAAUCUGAAAUAAACCUGAAAAAAAAACAAAGGAAUUGAUCUUGCUGUUCCAAUAAUUUUUGAGGGGACUAUAUACACACACACACACACACACACACACACUGCGUAUGUGUGAAUUAAAAAAAAAAAAAAAAAAAAAAAAAAAAAAAAGCACUGAUGUUCAUCUCUAUUUUAUUCAAGGAGUUUUUAAAUGUGUUGGUGUUUAACCGUACAAAGGUCUGUGUAUUAUGGACAAUUGUCUGCAAACUAGUAAUUCUCAGCCAGAAUUCAAACCAUAUGCGGACUCACUCACACGGGGCAUGCUUGUGGGUCAGUUUGACGGGGUACAAUUGAACUCAACAGGAGAUUUCUGACUACGGUGCAGUUCGCCAAAGUUCCAGAAGUUAAAUAAAUAAAUAAAAUCCUUAAGCACACAUGAGCACAAUAUUAACUCAACAAUUUUGUUGUUUUGCACUGGAGUACAAUGAGAAAGUAAGAAGUGUACUGGAUGACACUGAAACAUGAGAAGGUAAGAAGUUAAUUUCAUUUGCUGAAACACUGACUUAUCCAGUGCCCUUUGAAAAGUUUGGCGACAUGAUUAUAGAGAAACUGUCACAACCAAAAAAAUGUUUGGAACUGAGGACAUUCUGACAUUUCUCCUGUCUUAGUACUAACAGAAUGUUGUUUCCCCCGUCCUCCAAGUCCUUUCAGGUCAAAGGUGAAAACAUGCAUAUUUUGGCUCCAAAGUCUGAAACGCUGAGGUUUUCUCUUCUCCCUGCUCCUGCCAUUUAAUUUUUUAUUGCGUGAAUGUAUGUUUUCCCUGUCAACAGAAAAAGGUACGGAUUUUCAGUGUUGAUGUGCACGGAUGUGCAGUAUGUGGAGGUUGUAUUCCAAAAUGAAUGUUUUGUAAUGAAGGUGGGCAGUGUUAAUAUAAACAGUUCAUCCUCCUCAGACAUAAUGUCUCUGGUUUUGCGUAGCUGUAGUCCUGUGUAGUUCUCCAGAAAGGCACAUGUGUAGUACAUGCACAAAAUCAGUAUUCACUUUUUUUUUUUUUUGAUUUUAAGUCCAAAAAGCAUGUUUCUGUGUAUGAACACAAGUUGCCACUAUGUUCAUUACAAUAGAUUCAGCAGCGCAGUUACUUUUUGCAGAAAACCCACAGCCGCUUACGCAUCUUGAUUUACGGAAAAGCACAUCCCCGCCCCAAUAGAGGGAGAUCCACACCUAUUUGUUUAGUUCUAUGUUCUUUCUGCUAGUCUAGUUGGUAAAUUCCCUUACUGAUGCAUAGAAAUGGCAACAAGUUGAUUUUAUUCUGAAGCACAAAUGCACCUUUAGCAGGUCAGGGGGAGCACACCUUGGCCUAAGCUUUAACAAAGCCCAUCCCACCUCAUAUGUC